CGGUCCCGUUCUGUUACAGAGGCGGCGGGGCUCGGAGAGGGAGUGGCUCGUGUUAUCCCUUUCUGCGACCUGUUACGUAGACACAGGGGAAUUGAGGAGUACUUUCUUGAUCUAACACAGCCUGAGUGACGCUGCCAUCAUGGGAAUAGAGAAGACAAGCCAGGCCAACGCCAUGAAGUACGUCAGCUUGGUGACGCUGACAGUGCAGAACUCGGCCGUGGCGCUCAGCAUGCGUUAUGCCCGGACCAGAUCAGGGGAGAUGUUCAUUGCGUCCUCUGCGGUGGUGAUGGCAGAGGUGGUGAAGCUGUUGGCAUCACUGCUGCUGGUGUAUAAGCAGGAGGGAUCUGUGCAGCACUGGUUCAUGACACUGCACACACACAUCUGGCAGCAGAAGAUUGAUACACUCAAGGUCAGCGUGCCAUCCUUCAUCUACCUCGUCCAAAAUAACCUUCUCUACGUGUCUGCCUCAAACCUGGAUGCUGCUACUUACCAGGUGACCUACCAGAUGAAGAUCCUCACCACAGCAGUGUUUGCUGUGCUGCUUCUGCGCCGGGAGCUGCGGUCGCUGCAGUGGCUGGCCCUGGUGCUGCUGACAGCCGGUGUGGCGUUGGUGCAGCUGUCAGCUACAGAUGGGGGCAGCACCACCACCACUGCCGGUCAGAGCCGAGUACUGGGCUGUGUGGCUGCCAUCGCCGCCUGCUGCUGCUCAGGAUUCGCAGGGAUAUACUUCGAGAAGAUUCUGAAAGGCUCUGAGGUAUCCGUGUGGGUGCGAAAUGUGCAGCUCUCCCUCCUGUCUCUUCCCCUCGGGGCUGCCACUGCCCUGGCCACUGAUGGCUCCGAGCUGAUGAGCAAGGGGUUCCUGCACGCCUACGAUGGAUUUGUGUGGUACCUAGUGUGCCUCAACGCGCUUGGUGGCCUCCUGGUGGCACUCGUUGUCAAAUAUGCAGACAACAUCCUCAAGGGUUUCGCCACAUCCCUUGCCAUCGUGCUCUCAACUGUCGUCUCCGCUGCUUUCCUUGGUUUCGUCCUGACGUUGCAGUUUGCAGUGGGCACGGCUCUCGUCAUUGUCUCUGUCUUCCUGUACAGCCACCAGCCGCGCCCCCACCCUCCACAGAACCCCAUGAUGAAGGUGUAUUAGCAAGCAGCUCUGUGUGUGUGUGUGUGUGUGGAGCAGGCAGACUUGGGGCUGUGGUGUGUGUGUAGCCUUGACGCACAUAGGUGUACAUACCCACCUGUCUACCUGCCUACAGCCUCGUUUUGUUUAUUUUUUUUCUGUGUGUCUGAAAGCCUGGUGUGUGUGUGUGUGUGUGUGUGUGGUGUAGAGGAGGUGUUUAUUGUUUGUUGAUUGUUUUAAGUGGUGUUUUUUUUUCUUCAUAUUUGUGUUUGUAUGUCAUGUAGAGAAAGUGGUGUGGGUAUUGAUUAUUAUUUUUUUUGUCAUUUUUUAUUUAUUUUUUUUCCUCAUUGGGUUUUUGUGUAAUGGAAGGGAGAAGAAAGACUGGGCACACCUCACACACUCAUUUCACAGCUCGCCUCACUUUCCUCACACCUGCCGUGGAGUGACGAGGAUCUCUGUCUCUUCCUGUAUUUAUUUAUUGAGGUGAAUGUGAAGUGAUGUGCUGUGGUGUGAGUCUUGUGUCAUUGUGUGCUAUUGUUGUGCUGUGGUGUGAGUCUUGUGUCAGUGUGUGCUGUUGUUGCCUGUUGUUGACUUGACCCAUAUGCAUGAAAAGGCUGGUUGGUUUUUGUCUAUUCAUAAAAUAUUUAAUUCAUCUCUCGGUUGUGAAACUGAAAAAGUUGAUUAUUCUCAUCAUAAAGAUAAUAAUAUAUUUGUUUGUUAAUUCAUCUUUCUACUCAAAAAGAGAUUAAUCAGUUUAUCCAUAAAUUUAUCAGUUUGUAUUUUUAAAAAGUUAAUGAGUGCAUCUAUGAACUCCUCAAUGUAUUCACGAAAAAGUUGACCCAGAUUAGUGUCAUUGUGUUGUUAUUACUUUCUAUUUACAUAUCCAUCCAUCCUUAAAAUGACCUGAAAUAGUGCCAUCUGGUUAUAAUCUGAGGCUCCUCUCACACAACACCACCUCUGUCUGCCACUGGUCACCUCCCAUAGUUUGCUGUGGAGCGUUUCAUGUGAGGUCACUGUGGUGGCGUUUGGUUACAUUUUGCUUGCAAUUACCCAAACCUUUCACAUCUUGGUAAUUUGUGGCAUAGUCUUGAAUGAGGAUUACUGCCACUAUCCAUCCAUCCAUUAUAAAGUUGGCUUGGUACAGUAGCAUGCUUUAUCAUCAUUGCUGCUGUCCUCUCAUCCAUUUAUCCUUAAAAUACUGAAUUAAUGCUACCUGAUCCCUUUACUCAUAGAUAGAUAGAUACUCACUCAGUGCUCUCUUUUCACCAUGCUUUCAUGCCUCAUACAUCAUUCUCUCCUCUCAUACACUUAGCCAGUUCAUCAUUCCAGGGAUAAAGAUAUACAGGAGAUGUGUGUGUGUGUCUUUACUGAGUUGUAGUAUACAGGCCAUUAACUACACUUGUAUAGUUCUGUCUGUAUAUUUUUUUUCUUCUUUUUUUAUCCUUCAUUUAAUUUACACUUCUUGCCUGUCAACUUUUUUUUUUCUUUUCUUUCUUCUCUCUCUAGUAAUUUCUUUUAUUCAGUUCACAUACAUUCCUUGCUUCUGUUACUUAUUAUGAUCCUGUCUUCUUAUGCUUACCCAGUCUUUCAUGUGGUUCUUUUCAUUCAUUGCCUAUAUUAUUUCUUAUUGUCCUAUCUCCUUAUGUUUACCCAGUUGUUCCUUCAGUUGAUGUACAUUCCUUGCCUGUAUCAUGUCUUAUGGUUGUAUCUCAUGUUUACCUAGUCUUUCCUUCAGCUGAUGUACAUUCCUUGCUUUAUCACUACUACUUGUCUAUUACAUGAGCAUAUUAAGUUGGGAGAAGCUGUACUUUUUUGUAUUGCUCUAAAUGUCUCCCUUUCCAUAAGUUUUCCUGCGUCUUGCAAAUGUCUGGUCACUGUGGACUUAAUCUUACUUAUUUAGGGAAGAGUAUUGGUGUUUUAUUGAAAGAUUUGAGUGAUUGGUGAUUCUGAAUUUGAUUUCUUUUACUUAUUGAGGGUAAAUUGUUGGUGCUUUGCUGAGAUAUUUAAGGUGAUUGGUGAAUCUGAACUUAUGUUUUACUUAUUGAUAGAAAGUAUUAGAGUUUUGUUGAGAGUGAAGGUGAUUGGUCCUUAGAAAAUUAAGAAACAUUAUUUGCAAGAAAAGCAGUCCUGGUGUUUUAUUUGUAAGAAAAAUACAUUUGAAGUUAUUUUUGUCUUCAAGUUUAUUUGGAAAAAAAAUAGUAGCUGUGUUUUAUUAGUUUGAAAAAUUACUUACUGUUCAUUCUGUCCUAACUUAAAAAGCAUGAAAUAUCUAGGAAGGAAAAUGACAAUAUUUUUUUUAAAACUUGAAGAAAAAUGCUUCUUUAACUAUAUUCUUCUGAGAUCAACGCACAAGACAAGGUCAGACUCAGUGAUCUGACCUGACCUGACUUGCCCAGUGUGGCUGUGUUGAGUUGGCGGUGUGCUGGCAUCAGUGACACGACCCCUCAUUGUUAUGCUUGACACGCACUGAAGUGUGACCCACCUGUGUGAUUUAUUUGAUUGUGAGUGAUGGCAGUAAUCAAUUCAUCAACUCCUGUGAAUGAUGAUCUUUUGUCAAAUAUAUUUUUCUGGUAAA